AUGUCUCUGAACACUUCACACACGCCAGAUGGCCGAGGGGUUCUCAUCUACAACGGAGAAAUGUAUUGCGCAACGUAUGACUCAGCAUUUAAAUGAUAAUUCCAGGAUAUUACUUUACACUUCUGAUGUGAAAGUAAAGUUCGAAAACUUCUCCGACCCUAUUUUCAAAGGAGGAAAGUCCGGAGCACUCUACCUCACUUCUCAUAGGGUUCGUUGGUUUUAUCGCCUAGUUUUUUUUCAACUUCGUUUACUAUUCAGCCUUUCAUUUUCUUGUUUCAGAUCAUUUUCAUGAACUCCAAGAACGAAGCCGUCAAGUCGUUCGCCAUGCCGUUCCACUCUCUGAGAAACGUCAAGUUAGAACAACCACUGCUUGGAGCCAAUUAUUUGAAGGUUUUUUUUUCUUCCUCGGUUUCGAAGAAAAUAUCUUUGCAGGGAGAAGUUGAAGCUCUGCCUGGUGGGAAUUUCGAGGGGAUCAUCGAAUGGCGACUUUCGUUUCCAAAAGGAGGCUGCAUUGAUUUUGGACAAGCACUUCUGAGAGCCGCUGAUAUGGGUUUCUAAAAUGAUACAUAUUUUUUUGUAAAAAAUGUUCUCAGCUUCGAAAGCACGACCAUUUGCUGCUCCUCCAAGCUACGCACCAGCUCCGCAAUCUUACUACUCAGCUCCGCCGAACUAUUACAUUUCCGGUGGAAACUACAACGGCUUCCAGGCUCCGACGCAUGCUUUCCCAGAACAACCGCCAGGUGAACUUUUUUUCACAUUAAAAAGACUUGAAUUGCUUCAAAAACUUUCUGAUUUUUUUCAAAGUUUCAAAUUUUAAUUUUAAUUUUUGCUUUCUCAAACAAGCUUUUUGUCUUUUUCAAAAAAAUUAAUAAGUGCGUUUUGAAAUUAUUGCAUUUUCGAGAACUUGGAGAAUUUUUGUGGAGAGAUUCGAGGAAUUUGGGUAACAAAAAAAUACUUCAAAAUGGAAUGAAAUCAAAAUGAGAGUUUCAGGACUACCUGUUUCAUAAGAGCUUCAGCAAAUUCGAAUAAUGACAUAAUUAAAUUCAAAGAAGAUACAGUACUGGCCAUAAAGGUAUUUCAAAGUGGUUAUUCGAGCAUAACUUCUUUGAAAGUGGUUCAAAUGACUUGAAACUUUGCACAGAUUUUAAAUAGCUACUCAGUAACUUUUUCCAGUAAGAAAAACUCAUUUGCUAGAGUCAGACAGGAUUUAAGAGCAAAAAACCAAAAAUCGUGAAAAUGAAGAUUUUUCUCUUGAGAUUCAAAAAAUCAUAUCUUCAAAGAAACGUCGAUUUUGAAUCAGAAACUUUUUGUCCCGGUAAAACAAGUCUUCGGCAUUCCAAAAAACCUAAUCAGGCCCUUACCAACCCGAUAGUAAGAGCGUAGUGACUUUUUCUUCGGAAGGCCCUUGCGUUUUGACGCCUCGUAAUUCAAAUGGACUAUACAAGGUCAUUUUUUUGCUUGAGAACACCCUGUUUCAUGUUGAAAAAAACUUCAAAAACACCCUCAAGAAUAGUUUUACACUGGUUUCUUAAUCUUUCUCACUUUAUCCUCUCUUUAGAACUCACUAACUUCACUAGGUCUGAUUUUUGAAACCUCUGAUUUGAAGCGGUUAUGCUCGUUUUUUUCAAAAAUCAGAACAUUCUCGAUUUCUCAUGUCAGAUUCCAAAGCUUUUUUUAAAAACCUUGAUAAAUAAAAAAAUAAAAAAAGGCCCACUGUGUUUUUGCUUACUUAUUCAAAAAGAUAUAGUGAGUUAUAAUGAGUUUCUCAAAGUUCUCAAAACCUCGUUUCAGCAAGUGUUGCUUAGAAGGCUCUAAAUCUUGUGAAAAAAAUGAUAAAAAAACCUCUUUUUUUUCAUGUUUUUUUGAAUGUUUUACAUCAUGAGAUAAAUUUUUAAGUCCUCUUUCUAGCUCUCAGAUCAAAGAUAGGCACUGUAAAAAGUUUCUUUAAAUUUUAUGGGAAAAUAAGUUUUUGGUCUUUUGAAAUUACUGCUUCAGCAAAAAAAUUAGCAGUCUUCAGGAAGUAGGAGACUGCAAUUUAGCCAUUAUUUAUUUUCGAAUUCACGAUUGAAAAGCGAUUGAUCAGAUUAAAACUGCUUUGAAUGCCCGAAAGUCCAGAAAAACUGUUCAAAUCAGAGGUUUCAAAAUUAGACCAAGUGAAGUUAGCGAGUUCUGGAGAGAGUAUAAAGUGAGAAAGCUGAAGACAUCAGUGUAAAACUCUUCUUGAGGGUGUUUUGAAGUUUUUCAACAUGAAACAGGGUGUUCUCAAGCAAAAAUGACCUUGUAUAGUCCAUUUGAAUGAGGAGGCGUCAAAACGCAUAGGCUUUCCAAAAAAAAAGUUACUACGCUCUUACUAUCGGGUUGGUAAGGGGCUAAUUAGGUUUUUUGGAAAGCCGAAGACUUGUUUUACCGGGGAAAAAAGUUUCUGAUUCAAAAUCGACGUUUCUUUGAAGAUAUGAUUUUUUGAAUCUCAAGAGAAAAAUCUUCAUUUUCACGACUUUUGGUUUUUUGCUCUCAAAUAUUGUCUGACUCGAGCAAAUGAGUUCUUUUCUUGGGAAAAAGUUUGUACGUAGCUAUUUGAAAUUUGUGCGAAGUUUCAAGUCAUUGGAGCCACUUUCAAAGAAGUUAUGCUCGAAUAACCACUUUGAAAUACCUUUAUGGCCAGUACUGUAUGUUUUCAGCUGGAAACGUGUUCAUGUACGAAAGUCCACCUCCGUACCCGGGAAUCGCUGGCCAAACGGCUCCUUUCCCAGCCGGCGGCCUUCAGUUCGCCGGCGGACUUCCCAAUCAGCAUCCAUCGGCUCCACGUUACGAGAACGUUCCUCAUCUCCCUCCUGCUCAGCCUCCUUCCUACACUCCUUAUGCUGAAGCUCCACCACUUCCCGAAAAGCAUUAA